AUGGUAUCAGAGCGGGUCAUCCACCCCGCCGCCUCCCUCAAUCAGCAGAUCGCCGCCACCAUCGACGCCGCCGUCGUCUCCCUUCCGGCUGGCCAAACCCCUUCCCCAAACCCUAACCCAACCGAACCCACCACCACCAGCCCCUCCACCUACGCCACCUCAAUCAAGCUCCACGUCCCGAUCACCCUCAGCCUGACCGACGACAAUUACACAAGCUGCGAGGCUACUCCCUCCGACACGUCCCCCACCUCUGCUUGGGGCCGUGAUGACUACACCGUGCUCUCCUGGAUCUACGGCUCCAUCGACACCGACCUCCUCGGCAUCGUCAUGCGUCCCGGCUCCACCGCGCUCACCAUCUGGGACGCCAUCGAGAAUCUCUUCCAUGAAAACAAGAAGCACCGUGCCAUCCAGCUCGAGGCCGACUUCCGCAACACGCCACAGGGUGAUCUCUCCAUCAGCGACUACUGCGCCAAGCUCAAGAACCUCGCCGACUCCCUCACUGACGUCGGCCAACCCAUCAGCGACGAGACGCUGGUUCUGACGCUCCUCUGA